GAACUACACUUAUCAUCCUCCCUGCAAGUCAAUGUACCAGAGUUUUACUUAAUAUACCUAAUGAUUCAAACAACAGAAAAGCUUUAGUGUUAUUGUUAAAAUUAUUUACUGUAACAUUUAUGUUCCAAGAAAAGGACAGAAUUUCAUAUAUUGUUUAGUCUAAUUUUCAAAGGAGAAUUUUGUAUGUAUUUUGUAGAAUAACUACUUUUUUCUUGCAAUAUAUAACAGUGAAUCAAGAUGGAUUUGCCUCCUGAUCAGAAUUACUGUGUUGCUCGACCAGUUUAUUCCAAACCUUCAUUUGAAGAGGACAAUGAAACAAAGGCAAGGGUUCCUAAAACCGUUCGGGAAAGAUUUAAAAAAUCAUGCAGCUGUUCAGCCAAAAGGGCCAAGGACAUAACAAAGGGUUUGCUGCCCAUUUUAGACUGGCUACCAAAAUACAAAAUAAAGGAAUGGCUGCCGAAAGACAUCGUCUCAGGAAUCAGUACUGGACUUGUAGCUACUUUACAGGGUUUGGCCUUUGCAUUGCUGGUUUCAAUCCCGCCUAUAUAUGGUCUUUACGCAUCCUUCUUCCAAUUUCUGACAUAUUUUUUCAUGGGAACAUCGAGACAUCUUUCUGUUGGUCCCUUUCCUGUGACUAGUCUGAUGCUUGGAUCAAUAGUCCUGGCCAUGGCUCCAGAAGAGAAUUUCAAGAUUAAGGGGAACAGCACAGGGCUUAAUGGAACAGCAGUGGAUAUUGCAGCCAUGAAUGAAUAUAGAGUUCUAGUGUCCAACACUGCGACAGUUCUCAUGGGAAUUCUUCUGCUGAUCAUGGGAAUACUUCAGAUUGGUUUUUUGGUGCGGUACCUUUCAGAUCCAUUGGUUGGAGGAUUCACCACCGCAGCUGCCUUCCAAGUGGCUGUCUCUCAAGUCAAAUUGAUGUUGGCUGUGCCAACAAAGAACUACAAUGGAGUUCUAUCUGUUAUAUAUACAAUCAUAGACAUAUUUAGAAACAUUGGUAAAACCAACAUUGCAGAUCUGAUUGCUGGAUUGCUGACUAUUAUCAUUGUGAUGUCAGUAAAGGAAGUCAAUGAUCGAUUCAAACAUAAGAUUCCAGUUCCUAUUCCUAUUGAACUGUUUGUGACUAUUGUAGCUACAGGGAUCUCAUAUGGUGUGGAUCUUGAGACAAAAUACCAUGCCUCCAUUGUCAAGGACAUUCCAACAGGGUUUUUACCCCCUCGACCUCCGGAUGUAUCAAUGUUUGCUGACAUGAUAGGCUCGUGUUUCUCUACAGCUGUAGUGGGGUAUGCUGUGGCUGUUUCAGUGGCAAAGGUGUAUGCUAUAAAACAUGACUAUCAAAUUGAUGGCAAUCAGGAGCUUGUUUCCUUUGGUGUCAGCAACAUAUUUGGAGGAGCUUUCUCUGGCUUUUUUGGCUGUACAGCAUUGUCACGAACUGCUGUCCAGGAGAGCACUGGUGGACAGACUGAGAUUGCUGGUUUUAUCUCUGCCUCGAUAGUACUUAUUGUAAUUGUCGCUCUGGGGAACCUGUUGGAGCCUCUGCAAAAGUCUGUACUGGCAGCCAUAGUCAUUGCCAACCUCAAAGGAAUGUUCAUGCAGGUCCUUGACGUUCCGCGCCUCUGGAGGCAGAACAAGACUGACUCUAUUAUUUGGGUUGUGACGUGUGCUGCAUCCAUAAUUCUGGGCCUUGAUCUCGGGCUGUUGGCAGGUCUUGUCUUUGAGCUGGCCACAGUUGUGAUCAGAACACAGUUCCCCACAUGUGCUGCCCUUGGGAACGUUCCAGGAACUGACAUUUACAAGAAUAUAAAGGACUACAAGAAUAUUGAAGAACUAUCUGGAAUUAAGAUCUUCAGAUGUAAUGCACCAAUCUACUUUGCCAACAUGGAUUUUUUUAAAGAUCGUCUGAAGGCAAUUGUGGGAUUUGAUGCAGUCAGAGUGUUUAGAAAGAGGAAUAAAGCACUGAAGAUGAUUCAGAAGCUUAUCAAAAAGGGGAAGUUAAGAUCCACAAAGAAUGGCGUGCUGACAGAUCUGGGUGUGGAUAACAAAGCUUUUGAAAGUGAUCCAGAGCAGGAUCCUGAGGAGGCAGAAGAUGUUGAUGUGCCCACAAAGGAGGUGGAAAUCCAAGUGGACUGGAACUCUGACCUUCCAGUGAAAGUGAUCGUGCCCAAAGUUACCAUUCACAGCCUCAUCAUUGAUUUUGGUGCAGUCUCCUUCCUUGAUGUGGUAUCAGUCAAGGGCUUGAAAUUGAUUGUGAAAGAAUUCAUGCGGAUAGAUGUAAAUGUAUACAUAGCAGGAUAUGAUGAUGAAAUUAUCCAGAAAAUGGAAGCAUGUGGCUUUUUUGAUGACACUGUAAAGAAAGACAUUCUGUUCCUGACUAUUCAUGACGCUGUCCUCUUCAUUCGGAUGAAAGCUUCGUAUGGCAACGUCGAAGAUCCAAUAUUUGAGAAGAUUUCUCUGAUGAAGGAGUCCAAAGAACCUCUUACAUUUCCUGAAAUUGAUGAAUUAGAGGAUCAUCAAGGGGCUAUCUAUAAACUGGCUUCCUAAACUCAUGACGUUGCUUUAUUUGGAAAAGAUAUGGAAAGAAGCAUUUUGACAAAAACUUUUUCAAAAACUCGGAUCACACUAAGAAGCCCCAAAAAUGACUCCUUCCUGAAAGUUGUUUUAGAAUGAAACUGUGUUUUAGACUUGCAUACAAUUUACCAGAAACUGACUGGGAUAUAUUAAGAUAAUCCAGCUAUCAUUUACUACAGUUGUCAAAGGAUUUGCUUUGUUCAAUAUUUUCCUAUACAUACAUAAUGUCCCGAUGAUGGAUUAAUACAUGGUAUGAUCACAAAGGGCUUGCAAUUAUAUAGUCUUAGCUAGACUAGUUUAGUAGAUGUUUUAAUAGAAGUUUAUGCUCAACAUAAAACCUACAAUGAUAUAUUCUGUUUUACUCACUCUUAACUAGUAAAUAUAUAAAAUUGUGAGCAAAUAUAUAAAUACAUUAUUAUUUAUUUUGACAUUCAAUAUAUAUAUAUAUAUAUAUAUAUAUAUAUAUAUAUAUAUAUAUAUAUAUAUAUAUAUAUAUAUAUAUAUAUAUAUAUUAGAUAAAUCCAUACAAGCUGUUUGUUGUGCACUGUGAGUUAACCACUGUUGAUAAAGUUAGUUGUGAAUCAAGGCCUGAACAGUGUCAGACUAAGCUUUAAACAGCAAUAUCAAAAUACUGUACUUAUAAGAAACUUUAUCAACCAAUCAAGAAGCUUCAUUCCAGGACACAACCACACAAUAGAUGACUUAAGGAACAGCCAUAGAAUAUCUAGCUUUAAUAAAAGGAAAAGGGUAAAUAAACAGGUAAAUACAAGUGCAAUUUUAAAGAUUUUAAGUUUAAAAUAACAAUAAACGCACAUAUUUAGCAUUGUCUAAUUCUAAUAAAACACUGAUUAUCAAUGAACUACCAUAAAAUCCCAAUUAAUCAGGGUUGCGUUGUCUCAGUUUUGAACUGUUCCAUAUUUACUGUAGAAGUGGACUCUGGUCAUUUACUAUCAGUACCGUUCAUUUGUACUCUAAUUUCUGUUUUUAACCAAAUUUCUAUCUUGUUGUGAAUUUAUCUUUUGAUUUAAAUGUUUUAAUUGAUUUAUGUUAUUUUGAAAUUAUAGCAUCAGAUUUUAAAUGAAAUAAGUGCACUUUUUAGCUUUAUGCAACAAUUUUAAUAAAUGUCUCUGAAUCAUGCUGACUUACUGUGACAUCUUAAGAGCUGCAUUUGUUACAAAUAAACUAGAAAUUGGGACAUA